AGUCUCAUGCCGUUGAAGGACAACACCUUGCACCAAACGCCCAAGUCACAUUGUAGUGAUGUGGCAGCCCCCGUUACAUCUUCAGAUAUGGGACAUUCACCACGGCGAACUUCGAAAACCUUGACGGCCCCGGGCGCGAAAAGCCAAGAGGUCCUUGAUAAGUCUUUUAUCGACACCGAGCUCUUAAGACGCCAAGAAGAGAUCGCGUAUGAAAGCUUCAUCAAGGGCGACUUUUCCGAGGCUGAGCAGUGUCUGCACCAGGCCCUCCAAAGCUCACAUGGUGACCCUUGUGAACACGAGGACCUCUCGAAACUCAAACUCCAGUGGGCUCUUUACUGCUGUCUGCUAGGGGAAUGGGACAGAGCGGCGACAAUAGUGUCGGAGCUGUCGAAUUCGGAAUUUACGCCCCUCACUUCAAUCUAUGACCUUCGGCAAGCAAUCACAAUUGCUCUCUUGCAGGAGGGUCGCUUGAAAGACGCCUAUAGCACUUGCAAAUCUGUUUAUGAAGCAAAGAAGAAGCUCCUUAGGCGAGACGACAAUGAUUACCUGGGAUGCUUAUCACUGUUGGCAAAUAUUUGUGAGAAAAGGGGCAAUGCCACGGACGCACGAAGCUAUCGUCAAUCGAUACCCCAGGAAUGGGCCCUCGCCAAUUCGAAGGACACCAUAUCUCCCGUAGGCUACAUCCUUGGUCGUCCAUUGUUGCUUGAAUCGAUACUGGGCAGAAAGGUGCGCAUUUGUUCCAGCCAGUGGAAAGCUGCUCAGCUCUGCAGCAACAACUCGAAGUCAGCCCAGCCGACCGGAUCUUAUGGAAAUAGCCCACCAGUUACAGCAUCAGGUUAUCGGCCGACCUUUGCUCCAAGCGAUCAGACUGGCGUCCAGAGGGCUGAACUAGAACAAGCUCGACGGCGUACAGUUGGUGAAGCGGAUACAGGAAAGGAGAUGAUGAUACAGAAUGCCCAGCCAGACCUGCGUCCGGGGGGCAAAGCACAGUUGAAGAGCUUUGGGAUCCCUUCAAAGCUCCCAGAGCUGUUUCCUAGUGCACGCUCGGGACCACUGCUGCGACCACCAUCGCCGAAAAAGCAUACACGGAGGGCUUCUGAGGACUCUCGACGGAUACCACAAUCACGGCAACUUGAUGUUCCCCAUGACUCGAAUCGAAUCCCUACAUGGAGGCCAGAGAAAGACAUCGGACACCGCCUAUCAUUUUCUGUUGGGAGUGCGAGUGAGCUCACCAAAACUCAACACCAAGAUCCAUCCCUACGGAGGGUUCGCAAAUACGGGACUUUGAGGCCGACGAACUAUGAUACAAGAGACGGAACGACGAACCAGAACUACCCAAAACGUGGUGCUGCAAAAAGCCCAGUCCAGCUCGUUUCCAGCGGCUCACACCCUAACCUUCUGUCCAUGGAUCCACGGCGAAUGCUCCAAGGUCAGCAGCCGCAGGGAAGAUUACCAGUGAUAAAGGGUCGGCCAAACGAGCAGAUAAAGAACCAAGCGGACUAUGCUAGGAGAGCGGUCGACAACGAUACCUUGGCCCAAGCGGCUGGUCCCCCGGUGGUUGAGGCGCCCUUGAGCACGCGGUAUCCCGCUCUAAAGGUGACGGCACCCAACAUGGGGCUUUCAUCCUUGGACCUGCCUCGGGUGCCAAGCCCUGCACUUUCUUUUCAGGUUCGGAAAGUUCCCUCAUCUGUUGAUAUGUCAAGCCUGAACAGGCCCAAGUUCAUAUGGAAAGUUCGGCAAAACAUCAGCAACCUGGAAAAGUCGAUGAGGCCGUUUGGAGAGUCCAGUCCAGGCCGACUUGCUGCUCGGUCCAAAAACAAUAUCCAUCCACACGCUCGUUAUUUCGCGGUUUCGAUCAAAUAUGGGGAGUCGGAUUCCAUUGCCAUGAAUACAGGCCGGGAAAGUGUGGUUAUCUGUGAGGUGCCGACAGAGAUCAACCAGCCACCUCAUACGGCAACAAAGGCAGCGAUGAUUGGCAUGAAAAAAGGAAUUCGGAGAGGUCCCUUUUUCGCUUUGAGAGAAUCCCCUUGGAUGGGCAUCUCCGGCUAUUUCUCUUUCAUCCGCAAGCAAUCCCCUCUAACGGACAUUUCUGACUAUACGGUCGACCGUUCAGGCCCUCGAAACUGGACAAACACGGCAAAAGUCGACCCGAGAACGGGCGAGUAUCAGGUUUCUUACAACCCAGAAGCGCUUAGCUCCGGAUUUGCGUUUGACAUGUCUUGGAUUGAGCAAGAGAUCGCCCAGCUGGCGGAUCCAGGGCAGGCGGCCCAUGAACAUGGUCAAAUCGCCACCAAAGAGCUAGAAAACAUCGUCUGUUCUCUUUCCGACUUCCUGAUUCGUACAGCAUGGAGAUUUUGGGCCAACCUGUUGGUGGAGAGCAAACUCAUGCAGCACGCCAAGGUUAUUCCACACUCAGUGGCCGUGAUUCAGUAUUACCUGCAUUGUGGCGCCCUGAAGCUUGAGACGGGGACACAGCCCCCAAGCGCAACUGUUGUUGUACUGAACUGUGGAGAGAUGUUGGUGGAUUGCGUUCCCUAUCUCUUGAAGGGCCGGCCAACGACAUAUAGCCAGGUCGAUGUUUGCUCUUGCAAGACUUCGUACAUGGCCGAGAUGGCAGGAUUCAAACAUGCUCAGGCCGAAUUCGCCAAGAUGGCAGCACAAAAGCUCCUAGACUUCAAUCAGAAGCUUCGCUCCAAGGUUAAAUCUGCCGAGAUUGAGAAGCGUCUCAAGAUUUUUUCGGAGUACUUUAACCGGGUAAUACUACCAGGGUUCCAGAACAGCGGAAAGUCAUGGGAGAUUCCCUUUGACCUUCCUGGGAGGACGGGAGGAGUUUCAUCGAGGCUCACGUUCACCGAUUCCGAGGUGCUGAGUUGCCUCAACCCAAGUGUCAGCAUGGUUCGCAAAAUGCUUGAACAGACCGUGGUCUUGGUUCAACCGCAGUACGAGGUUACACAUGUUCUCCUCGCAGGCCCUUACUCUGCUUCCAAACACUUGGUCAACGAGCUAACGGCGAGUCUCAAAUCGGUGCAGAGAAGGCCAGCGAAGUUGCUUAAUCACGCGGACGCAAGCGAUAUUUGCGUCCUUGGAACGUUGACUCACGCGAUUAGCUGCUGA